AUGACCGAUGAAACAGAGAAGGUGGCUGUAGAUCCUGAAACCGUGUUUAAACGUCCCAGGGAAUGUGACAGUCCUUCAUAUCAGAAAAGGCAGAAGAUGGCCCUGUUGGCAAGGAAACAAGGAGCAGGAGACAGCCUUACUGCAGGCUCUGCCAUGUCCAAAGAAAAGAAAUACGAAAAAAUCUUCAAAUUGCUUGAAGGAGUGCAAGGACCUAUAGAAGUCAAGAAACUAUUUUUUGAAUCCAUCAUCAAGGAAGCAGCAAGAUGUAUGAGCCGAGACUUCGUUCAGCUCCUUGAGAAGAAACUGGAGCAUAUGAUUUGGGAGUACUUGUCCAUGGAGGAUUAUGACAACUCAAAUGCAUAAUCUCAUUAAUGAUUGAGGAGAGAAAAGGAUCAGAUUGCUGUUUUCUACAGUGGAGCAGGAUAUUGCUGAAGUCUCCUGGCAUAUGUUACUGAAUCAAAUGGCCUUUCAGAGGCUAAGAAAUGUCUGUUAGUAAAAGUUGUUCUUUUUCCCUAAGCAUUUCAUUUGAAAGAAUAACUUGUUUUUUGGUUGUUUUGUA